AUGUCGAGCCCCAGCUCACUGCCUUCUCUUCACACGUCCUCGCAGGACCUGGCCCAGCUUCAGGAGGGCCGGCCGGCAGAGCACCGGGACGUGGUCCUGCAGAAGGUGUCAGACUCAGAGAAGCUGCUGUACGUGCUGGAGGCGGACGCGGCCAUCGCCAAGCACAUGAAGCACCCCCAGGGGGACAUGAUCUCUGAGGACAUCCGGCAGCUGAAGGAGCGCGUGACCAACCUGCGUGGGAAACACAAGCAGGUCUACAACCUGGCGGUGAAGGAGGUGGACCCGCAGGUCAACUGGACGGCGCUGGUGGACGAGAAGCUGGUGCGGCUGGGGCGGGGCUCCAGGCUGCGGGUGGGGAUGGGGGUGGCCUAUGUGUGUGCAGGGAGAGCCUUGUCACUUCGCGAGCACACAGCUGGGAGGCUCAGAGAGGCACAGCGCCCAGGCCGAGGUCACACAGGAGGAGAGGAGGUUCAGACCCUGCGCCUCAGCCAGACCAUGCUGCUUCCCCGGCCCUCACUCUCCAGGCUGGCUCCUCAAGGUGGGAGCAGUGUCCAGACAUCUGAGAUGAAGCCUCCCAUCACUGGGAAGAGCGUGGCGGCUGGCGCCUUGUCGCAGGCGCGGCAGCAGCACCUCAGCACCCUGCAGGACUACAUGCAGCGCUGCACCAACGAGCUCUACUGGCUGGACCAGCAGGCCAAGGGCCGCCUGCAGUACGACUGGAGCGACCGCAACCUCGACUACCCCAGCCGCCGGCGCCAGUAUGAGAAUUUCAUCCACCGGAACCUGGAGGCCAAAGAGGAGAGGGUCAACAAGCUGCACAGCGAGGGGGACCAGCUGCUGGCGGCCGAGCACCCGGGGAGGAACUCCAUCGAGGCACACAUGGAGGCCGUGCACGCAGACUGGAAGGAGUACCUGAACCUUCUCAUCUGUGAGGAGAGCCACCUCAAGUUCAUGGAGGACUACCACCAGUUCCACAAAGACGUGAAGGACGCCCAGGAGCUGUUACGGAAAGUGGACUCGGACCUGAACCAGAAAUACAGCCCCGACUUCAAGGACCGGUACCAGAUCGAGAUGCUGCUGCGGGAGCUGGACGACCAGGAGAAGGCGCUGGACAAGUACGAGGACGUGGUGCGGGGCCUGCAGCAGCGAGGGCGGCAGGUGGUGCCCCUCAAGUACCGACGGGAGACGCCGCUCAAGCCCAUCCCUGUGGAGGCGCUCUGUGAUUUUGAGAGUGACGAGGGCCUGAUCUCCCGGGGCUACAGCUACACCCUACAGAAGAACAGCGGGGAGAACUGGGAGCUCACGGACAGUGCUGGGAACAGGCUGACUGCCCCAGCCGUCUGCUUCAUGAUCCCCCCCACUGACCCUGAGGCCCUGGCUCUGGCCGACAGCCUGGGCAGCCAGUACCAGAGUGUGCGGCAGAAAGCAGCGGGGAGCAAGAGGGCGCUCCAGCAGCGGUAUGAGGUGCUGAAGGCAGAGAACUCUGGAGAUGCAUCUGACCUGCAGGGGCGGCAGCUACUGGCUGGCUUGGACCAGGUGGCCCGUGACCUGGAGCGGCAGGAGAAAGCCAUCACUGGCAUCCUCCGGCCGCCGCUGGAGCAGGGCCGGGCUGUGCAGGACAGUGCCGAGCGGGCCAAGGACCUCAAGAACAUCACCAACGAGCUGCUGCGCAUCGAGCCUGAGAAGGGGCGGAGCACGGCCGAGUGUGAGACCUUCAUCCAGGCCCUCCCGGGCAGCAGCAGUGUGCCCCUGCUCCGGACCCGGGUGGACGACACCAACAGCAAAUACGAGCGCCUGGCCCAGCUGCUGAAUUUGGCCCAGGAAAAGGUUGACAUUGCCAACCGACUGGAGAAGAGCCUGCAGCAGUGCCGAGAGCUACUGGCCACAUACGAGAGCCAGCUGACCCAGGAUGACACGAUGCCUGAGGGUGGCCGCGCCCUGGAUGACAAGAGGCAGCAGCUAGCUGCCAUGGCCUCAGAGCUACAGGCCAAGAAGCCCCUCCUGGGAGAGGCCGAGCGGAACCUGCAGACAGCCAAGCAGUGCUCAAGCUCACUGGCCAGCCGCUUCCAGGAGCACUGUCCCGACCUCGAGCGCCAAGAGGCUGAGGUCCACAGGCUUAGCCAGCAUUUCGACAACCUGCACCAGCAGAUUGACCACAGGUCCCAGAGCCUACAGAACGCCAAGGCUUCUUACGACAACUACCGCAGUGGCUAUGACCACAUGUUCCAGUUCCUGUCCAACAUCCCCAGUUAUGAGCCCCAGGAGACGGACAGCCUCAGCCAGAUGGAGACCAAGCUGAAGAAUCAGAAGAACCUGCUGGAUGAAAUCGCCAGCAGGGAGCAGGAAGUACAGAAGGUCUCUGCCGACUCCCAGCAGUACCAGCAGGCCGUGAAGGACUACGAGUUAGAAGCCGAGAAACUGAGGUCCCUGCUCGACCUGGAGAGUGGAAGGAACACCCAUGCAAGCAAGAGAGCCAGGCUCCAGUCUCCAGCCGCCAGAGUGAAGGAAGAGGAAGCAGCCCUUGCUGCCAAGUUCACGGAGGUCCAUGCCGUCAACAGACAGAGGCUGCAGAAUCUGGAGUUUGCGCUCAAUCUCCUGAGACAGCAGCCAGAAGUGCAGGUGGCCGAGACCCUGCGGGGGAGCAAGGCGGGCUCCGGCGCCACGGAGACGUGGAAGAUUAGGAAGGAGCUAGAGGAGGAGACCCAGCGGCGACAGCAGCUGGAGAACGAGGUCAGGGGUACCCAGGAGGAGAUCCUGACUCUGCAGAGCCGGGAGCCCCAGGAGUCGGUGGUGAGGAAGGAGGUGCUGAAGAAGAUCCCGGACCCCGCGCUGGAGGACAGCUUCCAGCAGAUGCAGCGGACCCUGGCCGACGAGCAGCGCGAGAACCAGCUGCUGCAGGAGGAGCUGGAGGCCCUGCAGGCCCGGCUGCGGGCACUCGAGUGCGAGGCCGGAGCCGGCGCGGGGCAGGAGUACGUGGUCAAGGAGGUGCUGCGCAUCGAGCCCGACCGGGCCCAGGAGGACGAGGUCCUCCGGCUCCGGGGGGAGCUGGAGGAGCUGCGCAGGCAGAAGGGCACCCGGGAGGCCGAGGUGGCCCUGCUGCAGCAGCGCAUCACGGCCCUGGCUGCCGAGAAGAGCAGGGUGCGGGAGAAGGUCACGGAGAAGGAGGUGGUGAAGCUGCAGAAUGACCCCCGGCUGGAGGCCGAGCUCCGGCAGCUGCAGGAGCAGCAGCAGCGGGAGGGCCGGCAGCGGGAAAAGCAGGAAGAGGAGCUCAGCUUCCUGCAGGACAAGCUGAGGCGGCUGGAGAAGGAGCGGGCCAUGGCCGAGGGCAAGAUAACCGUCAAGGAGGUGCUCAAGGUGGAGAGGGACCUGGCCACCGAGAGGGAGGUCGGCGACCUCAAACGCCAGUAUGAGGAGGAGGCCGCCAGGGCGCACGCCAACCAGAGGGAGAAGACCGAGCUCCUCCGCAAGAUAUGGGCCUUGGAAGAGGAGAACGCCAAGGUGGUGGUGCAGGAGAAGGUGCGGGAGAUCGUGCGGCCGGACCCCAAGGCCGAGAGCGAGGUGGCCGACCUGCGCCUGGAGCUGGUGGAGCAGGAGAGGAAGCACCGGGGCGCCGAGGAGCAGCUACAGAGCUACCAGAGCGAGCUGGAGGCGCUCCGCGAGCGAGGCCCCCAGGUGGAGGUCAAAGAGGUGACCAAAGAGGUCAUCAAGUACAAGGCAGACCCCGCGCUGGAGCAGGAGCUGCAGCGGCUCAGGGAGGAGAUUGUCGACAAGACCAGGCUGAUCGAGAGGUGCGGCCUGGAGAUCUACCAGCUGAAGCAGGAGAUCCAGGCCCUGAGAGACGCCAGGCCCCAGGUGCAGACCAAAGAGGUGGUCCAGGAGAUCCUCCAGUUCCAGGAAGACCCCCAGACCAAGGAGGAGGUGGAGACUCUGCGGGCCAAGCUGUCGGAAGAGCAGAAGCAGCAGGUGGACCUCGAGAGGGAGAGGGCGUUGCAGGCGGAGAAGAUUAGGGAGAAGGAAGAGGCGCUUGCCCACGUUAAGGAGAGGGUGGUACAGCAGGAGGUGGUUCGAUACGAGGAGGACCCGGGCUUGCGGGCCGAGGUGGACUCCUUCACCGAGAGCAUCGACGCGGAGCUCCGGCAGAUCGACACCCUCCGCGGGGAGCUGCGGCGGCUGCAGCGGCGGCGAGGGGAGCUUGAGCGGCAGCUGGAGGAGCUGGAGCGCGAGAGGCAGGCACGCAGGGAGGCCGAGCUCGAGGUGCAGCGCCUCAGGCAGCGGCUGGCCAGCCUGGAGGAGGAGGAGGAGAGCGAGGCUCGAGAGAAGGUCACCCGCAAGCAGAAGGUGGUCCUGCAGCCGGACCCCCAGCAGGCCCGCGAGCACGCCCUCCUCCAGCUUCAGCUGGAGGAGGAGCGGCACCGGCGGCAGGUCCUGGAGAGCGAGCUCGAGACCCUGCGCAAGAAGCUGCUCCACCUGGAGAAGAUGGAGGUCAAGGAGAAGGUGGUCCUGUCCGAGAGCGUCCAGGUGGAGAAGGGGGACAUGGAGCGCGAGAUCCAGAAGCUCAAGGGCAGCAUGGAAGAGGAGAGCAGGAGCAAACGGCAGCUGGACGCAGAGGUGAGCCGGCUGGAGGCCAAGCUGGCCGAGCUGGAAUUCCACAACUCCAAGUCGUCCAAGGAGCUGGACCUGCUGAGGGAGGAGAACCACAGGCUGCAGCUGGAGCGGCAGAACCUGCAGCUGGAGGCCAGGCGGCUGCAGGCAGAGAUCGAGAUGGUGGCGAUGGAGAAGCAGGACCUAGGAAGCCCGUCUGCCGUAGAUGCUGGGCCCGGCCUGGACUCCAGGCUGUGGUCCCUGGAGCGAGAGCUGGAAGAACUGAAGAAGCUCUCCAAGGACAAGGAUGUCGAGAUCAACGAGUUGCAGAGGCGCUUGGGGAGCGUGGCCGUCAAGCGGGAGCAGCGGGAGAACCACCUACGGCGCUCCAUCGUGGUCAUCGACCCUGACACGGGCCGCGAGCUGUCCCCGGAGGAGGCCCGGCGGGCGGGCCUCAUCGACUGGAACAUGUUUGUGAAGCUACGGAACCAGGAGUGUGACUGGGAGGAGAUAUCAGUAAAGGGCCCCAACGGGGAGUCCUCAGUGAUCCACGACAGGAAGUCUGGCAAGAAGUUCUCCAUAGAGGAGGCCCUCCAGAGUGGCCGGCUGAACCCUGCCCAGUAUGACCGCUAUGUCAACAAGGACAUGUCCAUCCAGGAGUUGGCUGUCCUGGUGUCUGGACAGAAGUAG